AUGGGUGAAAAGAAGAAGAAGGAUAAGAAGGACAAGAAGAAGAAGGGCAAGGAUAAGAAUAAACCGAAGAAUGUCGAGUCUAAUGACGAAGUCUUUUCCAUGAUUAGUGACAGCGGACGGGACCUUGAGGACCCCUCUGUCAUCAACAAGGACGAGGAGAAAAAGAAGAAGAAGAAGGAGAAGAAACGGAAAAAGGAGCAAGAAGAUGCUGAAGAAAAGCCAGUGGAGGAUGGCGUCAAGAAGAAAAAGAAGAAGAAGGCCAAACAACUCCCACCAGAUGAUACCUCUUUGGCUGCAUUGGAUGGAUCUUUUUCUUCCAUCAUCCCACUGGAAUCUACACUGGAAUCGCCAUCCUUUUUUGAUUGGAAACAAUGGCGGAAAGACAACAAAAACAACCACCAAAAGCCCACUACUGGUAAUACCACCAAGAAGGUCGCACCUUUGGAUAACACCCAAGUGUUUGACUGGAAGCAGUGGAGACACGAUCAAAAAGCUGCCAGCAAGAAACCAAAACAGACUGCCACUACUACGCAACAACAACAACAACAACAACAACAACCACCAAUGGAACCUGUCAAGACAAAGGGGAAACCCAAAAAGACAAAACAAGAAACACCAGCCAACAAGGCUCCACAAGCAAUACCCAGGCCCAAGAAAAAGAAAAAACCAAAAGACAAUGAGACUGCGUUGAUGAAGAUUUUGACAAGCAGUUCCAACAAUUUGCAGCUAUAA